AGCUGUUAAAGACUGUAGCUACGUCAUCCACGUAGCUUCCCCGUUUCCUAAUACCCCACCUGCCAGUGAGGAUGAGGUCGUUAAACCUGCUGUGGAAGGAACCAAGAGAGUUCUGCAAGCUUGUGCUGAUGCUGGAACAGUCAAACGGGUUGUACUUACUAGUUCAAUAGCUGCCAUUCAUGGUGAAACCACUGUAGAAGAAGGAAAGGUCUAUACUGAGGCCGAUUGGACAAAUACUGAGUCAACCACGCUUGACUUGUACUCCAAAAGUAAAACAAUGGCUGAGAAAGAAGCAUGGGACUUUAUUAAAGAAUUGCCAGACGAGAAAAAGUUCGAAUUAGCGGUCAUCAACCCGGGUCUAGUAUGUGGACCCGUGUUAACUCCUACACUCAGCACGAGCAAUGAGAUUGUCAAAAGGCUGCUAGAACGGGGAAUGCCAAUGGUUCCAAGAGUAAACUUCUGUUGUUGCGAUGUGAGGGAUGUAGCACAGGCACACCUGAAAGCAAUGACUACGCCAUCUGCCGAAGGUCAUCGUCAUAUUAUCUGUGCCCAGACUUUCUGGUUAAAGGACAUGGCUCUUAUAUUAACUAAGGAGUUCAAACCUCAAGGUAUGAGAACUGGAUCAAACGGUUGACGUGGUAGAUAGUGAAUAUACAUAAA